AUGGAGCCUGGGCAUUAUUUCGUUAAUAUAAAUCCAGAAUCCGACGAACCGAAACGUCUUCGUGGAACUCGACGCCUGGCGUCGGAACCCACACCGCGAGAUCGAAUAAAGAGGGCAGAAUUCCGAAAAUUCCUCAAAAUCAGAACGCUUGUCUUUGGUGUUUUGGCUGUCAUAUUUCUCGCUAUUGGAAUCCCGUUAGCGAUCGUAUUUAGGGCUAACAAAGGCAAUGCAGCUUGGGCGAUCGGACUUUUGCUGACGAUACUUGGCGGUGCUUGUACACUUAUCUUCCUCAUUUAUCUUCCAAUCUUCAUGCGUGUUAUGGCCGCCAGAUCGGAAAUGGCUGCCUAUCAAGCAAGAACUGCUGAAGCUUUGCAGGAAACCCCCUAUCCACGGCAAGGGGAGGCAACGGACGUGCCACAGCGACCGUUGACUGCAACUAAUCCUCAUUACAAUCCAGCUGCUGAUCCUCUCUUGCAAACUUCCAUAUCCGAAUUGGAUCCAUCAGCUCCGCCAUUACCUCUUCCACCUCUGCCAACUGAAGACCCACCAAGAUACGACUAUAUUCAAAGAGAACAACAGCAGCUGAACACUUUGACGUCCAUUACAGGGGCGCUUCUUUCGUCCGUCCUCUUUGUGAAGAUGUUGAAUAUAUUUGGGGGUGGAUAUAAUCCACCCACUCAUCUUUUUGGGAUGGCAAAUAAUUGUGAAAAUAGUGAUGGUGUUCAUUCUUUUCCACCUGGAAUUUCACCCUCUGGAACUAAUUCUGUUUCCACAGAGUCUAGUGAUCCUUUUAACGCACAAUAUAGCACCCCAUCACCAAACGGCUCUACCCUGGCAAAUGAUGCUAAUGCCACUACGAAUACCCUUGUGCUUCGCUCUAAUGAAAUUACUCCUCCAUUAAGUGGUUCAGGUGAUGGUCCAACCGGUAAUUCCCCAACGGGUGGCGGCGCGGCAGGUAGUGCUGCUGGAAGCGGAAGUGGUUCUGGACAGGAUGGUGGUGGAAAUGGCGGAGCUACGAAUAAUAACCUCACAGUGCAGCAUCCAUUUUUGUUUGAACCACCACCUAGAACUUCUCGUGGUACCGAGGGCCGCACCAUCUCUUUGAAGGCAAAUCAUUUUGAAAUUAGAGUUGCGAAAGGAAUCUGGUUCCAUUAUGAUGUUUCUAUCUCCCCAGACAAGUGUCCUCGUCGUGUUAACCGAGAGAUUAUCAACGCAAUGGUACAUUCAAGGGAAUACGACAAUUACUUCAAGGAUCUUCAGCCUGCAUUUGAUGGCCGGCGCAACUUCUACACUCGUCAUGAGCUGCCCAUAGGGAAAGAUGGACUCGAGUUGGAAGUUGCAUUGCCGGGAGAAGGAAGAGAUAGGACUUUUAAAGUUUCCAUUCGUUUUGUUUCCGAGGUCUCCUUGUUUAAUCUGGAGGAUGCGUUGGAAGGAAAAUGCAAAAGGAUUCCUGCUGAUGCGGUCGCAUCCCUGGAUGUUAUUCUACGCCAUCAACACAGCAUGCUUCAUACUCCAGUUGGUCGUUCCUUCUUUUCAACUCCUGGACCUGAAAAAAAUCCUCUUGGAGGUGGUCGAGAAGUUUGGUUCGGUUUCCAUCAAAGCGUUCGACCCUCAAGGUGGAGAAUGCUGCUAAAUAUUGACGUCUCAGCAACUGCGUUUUACAAGGAGCAAUCUGUACUAGAUUUCAUGUACGAAGUUCUCGAGAUGCAAGAUCGCAGUGAGAUGCGACGCAACCUCUCCGAUAGUCAACGCGUUAAGUUCACCAAAGAAAUCAAGGGCUUGAAGAUUGAGAUCACGCAUUGUGGAAAUAUUCGCCGAAAGUAUCGAGUGUGUAACGUCACUCGGCGCUCGGCUAUGAAUCAGCAGUUCCCCCUGUUAACUGAUGAUGGUACUACUGUUGACACCUAUCCAAAUCUCCCGUGUUUACAAGUUGGUCAGGAGCAAAAGCAUACAUAUCUACCGAUUGAAGUUUGUAACAUGGUUGCUGGUCAGCGUUGCAUUAAGAAGUUGACUGACAUGCAGACUUCGACGAUGAUCAAGGCGACGGCUCGUUCUGCGCCAGACAGAGAAAGGGAAAUCACCCAACUGAUGAAUGCUAAUAGAUAUGAGUCUGAUCCCCAUCUUAGGGAAUUUGGUAUUUCGGUCGUUCCGCGUAUGGUGGAUAUUCAGGGACGUGUAAUACCUGCACCAAAGAUUCAAUACGGAGGGAGAACUAAGGCCCAGGCGUCACCCCAGCAGGGUGUUUGGGAUAUGAGAGGAAAACAAUUCUUCUCUGGUAUUGAAAUUAAAACAUGGGCCAUCGCUUGCUUUGCACCAAAGAGAAUUGUUCGGGAGGAGUCAUUGCAGACAUUUAUCAGUCAGCUGCAGAAAAUUUCUAACGACGCGGGAAUGCCAAUUCAACAAAACCCCUGCUUCUGUAAGUACGCUACGGGUCAGGACCAAGUUGAACCCAUGUUCCGAUUCCUUAAGAGCAACCACCCUGGUCUUCAGCUCAUUGUUGUUGUCCUGCCAGGAAAAACACCUGUCUACGCCGAAGUCAAACGAGUUGGUGACAUCAUGUUUGGUCUAGCCACCCAGUGCGUUCAGUCCAAGAAUGUGAACAAGACCUCACCACAAACCCUCUCCAACCUCUGUCUCAAAAUCAACGUCAAGUUGGGUGGUAUUAACUCCAUUCUCGUACCCACGGUGCGUCCGUCGGUCUUCCGAGAACCUAUCAUCUUCUUCGGUGCUGACGUUACACACCCUCCGGCAGGGGAUAAGACCAAACCUUCUAUUGCAGCGGUGGUAGCCAGUAUGGACGCCCAUCCAAGUCGAUACUCGGCUACUGUGCGAGUGCAGUCGCAUCGUCAGGAGAUUAUUCAAGAUCUGGCAGCUAUGGUUAAGAGUUUGUUGCUUCAGUUCUAUCAUUCGACAAGAUUCAAGCCGGCAAGAAUUAUCUACUAUCGAGAUGGUGUUAGCGAAGGCCAGUUCUCAAACGUUUUAAACCACGAGUUGCGUGCUAUUCGCGAAGCCUGUCUGAAAUUGGAAAUCGAUUACAUGCCGGGUAUAACCUUUGUGGUUGUUCAAAAGCGUCAUCACACUCGUCUCUUCUGUGCUGACACAAAGGAUCAAAUGGGCCGAUCUGGAAACAUUCCCGCUGGUACUACUGUGGAUGAUGUCAUCACACAUCCCAGCGAAUUCGAUUUCUACCUGUGCUCCCACGCUGGUAUUCAGGGCACCUCGAGGCCUAGUCACUACCAUGUGUUGUGGGACGAUAAUGAAUUCUCAGCUGAUGAUUUACAGAACCUGACAUAUCAACUUUGCCACACCUACGUUCGUUGCACCCGUUCAGUAUCCAUUCCUGCCCCGGCCUACUACGCCCAUCUAGUCGCAUUCAGAGCUCGAUAUCAUCUAGUUGAAAAGGAAAUAGAUAGCGGAGAGGGCAGCCAAAAAUCUGGCAACUCUGACGAUCGAACCCCCGUUGCGAUGUUACGUGCAGUUACUGUACACCCUGAGACCCUUCGUGUUAUGUACUUUGCUUAG